AUGUCGAGCUUGUCGUUCGUGACCGUCGAUGUCUUCACGAAAACCAAGUUUACUGGGAAUCCUCUGGCAAUAGUUAGAUUGCCGGAGGGUCGCAACGUCUCCACUGAGCAAAUGCAGAUGAUAGCGCGGGAAUUCAAUCUCUCGGAGACCGUCUUCAUCCACGAGGCAGCACAAGCGAAGGACAGUGUGCCAGCAUGGCAAGUCCGUAUCUUCCUGGUCAACGGAGAGUUACCUUUUGCUGGUCAUCCUACCAUAGGUGCCGCAUGCUACGCACUCGGAUCACUUACUCAGAACGCCAAGAAGGGCAAGCUACACUGUAACGCUGGACCUAUCGAGCUUGAGUUUGACGGCACUGAUGCUCGGGCCUCCAUACCACAGAAUGUGCACAUCCACACCGAGCACGAAGUCACCAUCGACCAAGUCUACUACUUCCAGCCAGCAAUCGCCCAUUCGCAGCCACCGAAGGCUGUCGAUCUCGUCAGUCCAGUCAAGGGCGUGAGCUUCGUCUGCGUGGAACUUCCCUCACUAGAAGUCCUCGCUCAAGUCCAGCGCCCAGGUAUAGCAGUAGCACCCAAGCUCGAUGACUCAUGGAACGGUGGCUUCAUUGGCUCUUACUUCUAUGUCAUCACGAAACAGGACGAUUCAAUCUGGGAGAUCAGGACGAGAAUGAUCGAGAUGUCUAUGGAAGACCCUGCGACUGGAAGUGCAGCUUGUGCUUUGGGUGCAUUCUUGGCCCUGAAGCAUAAGCUCAAGUCUGUACGAUACUCGUUCAGACAGGGAGUUGAGAUGGGUAGGCAGAGCGAUAUUGGCUUGGAAGUAACGCUCAGCGAAAAUCUCGAUGCUGUAGAGCAUAUUGAAUUGGUCGGCUCAGCAGUGAAGGUCAUGGAAGGGACGGUCUACUACAAGUGA